AUGGCCCGCCUCCUCCCCUUCCACCUCCUCCUCCUCACCCUCCUCCUCCCCCUCCUCACCACCGCCGCCACGCUCCCCGCCCUCCCCCUGCACUCCACCAGCCGCUGGAUCGUCGACUCCAACCACACGCGCGUCAAACUUCGCUGCGUCAACUGGGCCGGGCACAUGGAGACGCACCUGCCCGAGGGCCUGCAGCACCAACCUCUCAGCUACCUCCUCGACUGGAUCGCGGCCCAAGACUUCAACUGCGUGCGCCUGACCUACAGCACCGACGCCGCCUUGGACCCGCACCGCACCGUGGCGGCGGCGUUUGAGAAGGCGGCGGCCGCGGCGGGGGUGGGGCAGGCGGAGAUGGCGGCGUUGUACGCGAGGGUGGUGGAGAAGAACCCGUGGAUUGGGGCGAAUACCACCACGAGGGAGGUGGUGGCCGCCGUGGUGGAUGGGUUGUUUGCGCGCGGCGUGCUGACGAUCCUGGAUAACCACGUGUCGCGGGCGGCGUGGUGCUGUAACCUGACGGAUGGGAACGGGUGGUGGGAUGAGGGGUUUGGGUAUAAUACGUGGAAUAGCCGGUUUUUUAACACGCAGCAGUGGCUGGCUGGGUUGGAGGCGAUGGCGGCGUGGGGGAAGGGGCAUGCGGGCGUGGUUGGGUAUGGCCUGCGCAACGAGAUCCGCGAGUUCUUGCUGCAGGGGCUGAACGGGCGGGCGGAUUGGUAUACCUACGUCAAGAAGGGCGGGGAUGUGGUGCACGCGGCGCAUCCGGACGCGCUGGUGCUGGUGGGCGGGGUGCAGAGCACGACGGACCUGCUGCAUCUGCGGUCUGGGGAGGCCGAGGCGAUGCUGGACACGAGCGGGUGGGCGGGCAAGCACGUGUGGGAGAUGCAUGCGUACAGCUUUACGGUGACUUUCCCGGACGCCUUCAACAACUGUGAUAUCGUCAAGGCGCAGUAUGGGGCCUUUGUCGGCUUCGUGCUGGAGCAGGGCAAGCCGUACACGGGCCCGCUGAUCCUGAGCGAGUUUGGCGUGGGCAUGGAGGGCGGCGAGUUUGACGGUCUGAGCGAGAAGGACAAUCGGUACUUGAACUGCUUGGUGUCGUAUAUGCAGAGCAACGACGCCGACUGGGCCGUGUGGGCGAUCCAGGGCAGUUAUUACGUGCGCGACGGGAAGACGGAUUAUGAUGAGACAUGGGGGUUGAUGGACCGCAACUGGACUGACUGGAGGAAUCCGGCCUUCUCUGGAAAGUUGGGCGAUAUGUGGAAGAUGACCCAGCAGCCGUGA